UUAGAAAUGUGGCUUCUGCCGAGCUGUCUCCCGGGCGGUGCUUCUACCCUCGGGCCUUACCACUGCCUCCCCGCUGCCCCCCUUGGGCCCGGUUCCCACCGAACUCCCCUACCCGCCCGUCGCCACGCCUUUGCUCGGGCCCGGCCUUUGCCCAUGGCCGGGAACGCCCAUUCACCCGCCCGGAACAGUCGCUACAUAGCCGAGCCUCACACUGCUUUCGAAGCACAAAUUCCGAAUACCCUGCCUCGGAAAUAGCACGGGGACUUCCCGGACGCUAAAACGCAAAUCUCUUCUGGCUGGAAUGGGAGCCUCAGGAAGCAGUGCGAGGCCCUGGCCAUUUUCCUGGCCGGCAGAGUUCCCGGCGCAGACUGAAUGCCGCCAUUUUUGUUACUGGUAGAGCUCGGCUUGGAGGCUGUUUCUGAGCCUGCGAAAGAUAAGCUGAUGCGUCAUCCAGACCCACCAGGAGGGCUGGAGGAGAAAGGGAAUUUUGGGCGAUGUUGAGCCCAUUUGUGCAAGCAGGGAGCCAAGCUCGACUUGAGAAGGAGCUUUGGGGUCCUGAGAGCAGAGCCAGGCCAUUGAAGAGUAGUUAACCCAGCUUGGUCUCUGAAGACUCUUCUGUACCCCACUGCACCCCCAAUUGCUUUCCAAAGACAAACAGAAAAUGACUGAGUCCCAGGAACUAGUGACAUAUGAGGAUGUGGCUGUAGACUUCACCCAGGAAGAGUGGCAGCACCUGGACCCUGCUCAGAAGACCCUACAUAGAGAUGUGAUGCUGGAGAUCUACAGCCACCUGGUCUCUGUGGGGUGUUCUGGUAUAAAACCAGGUAUAAUCUUCAAGUUGGAACAUGAAGAGGACCCAUGGAUCAAAAAGAGUGAGUUGUCAAGGUGGAUUCACUCAGACAGGGAGGAAAGCUUUGACUCUUCCCAGCAGGUCAUUUCUGAAGAACUUUUGUUUCAAAAGGAGAUAAUGGAAACAUCCCCAAAGGAUAAUUCAUUGUACUCUCUCUUAAAAGUCUGGCAUAUUGAUGGUCAGAUAGAUAGAUAUCAAGGAAACCAAGACAGAGUUUUGAAGCAGAUCACAGUCAUUAGCCGUGAAACAGUGGCCAGGGAGAAAGGCCCCAAGUGUAAUACGUUUGGAAAAAUUUUUGGUGGCUGCAUAGACCUUGAUCCUUCAUGUAAAAAACUCCAUGAUUUUGAUUCAUGUGAAAAGAGCUUGGAAUCUAAUUUAGACUCGCUGACAUGCAGUAGGAGCUAUGCAAGAAAGAACCCCAUUGAGAUAUUUGGAUGUGGGACAUCACCUAGCUAUAGUGAUUCCUGUUCUGUGCCUGAGAAAAUUUACACGGGCAUGAAACCCUGUGGACAUAGUCAAUGUGAAAAAGUCGUCAAUCAUAAACAAGUCCAUAUUCAGUAUAAGAAAGGUCAAGCAGGUAAGAAACCCAAUGUUUGUAGUGAGUGUGGGAAAGGCUUUAUUAAGAAGUCACAGCUUAUUAUACAUCAAAGAAUUCAUACUGGAGAGAAACCCUAUGUGUGUGGAGAUUGUGGAAAAGCCUUCAGCGAGAAAUCACACCUCAUUGUGCAUCAGAGGAUUCAUACUGGGGAGAAACCUUAUGAAUGUACUGAGUGUGGGAGGACUUUCUCCCAGAAGUCACCCUUCAUCGUUCAUCAGAGAGUCCACACUGGAGAGAAACCCUAUGAAUGUUUUGAGUGUCAAAAAGCCUUCUCUCAGAAGUCACACCUCAUUAUACAUCAGCGAGUUCAUGCUAGAGAGAAGCCCUUUGAAUGCAGUGAAUGUGGAAAAGCCUUCUGUGAGAAGUCUCACCUUUUUAUACACCAGAUAACUCAUACUGGGGAGAGACCCUAUGAAUGUACCGAAUGUGGGAAAACCUUCCCUCGGAAAACACAACUCAUCAUCCAUCGAAGAACACAUACUGGAGAGAAACCCUAUAAGUGUAGUGAAUGUGGAAAAACCUUUUGCCAGCAGUCUCACCUCAUAGGGCAUCAAAGAAUCCAUACAGGAGAGAAACCUUAUGUAUGUACUGACUGUGGAAAAGCCUUUUCCCAAAAGUCACACCUUACUGGACAUCAAAGGCUUCAUACAGGAGAGAAACCUUAUAUAUGUACAGAAUGUGGAAAAGCCUUCUCUCAGAAAUCACCUCUUGUUAUACACCAGAGAAUUCAUACAGGGGAAAAACCCUAUGAGUGUAGGGACUGUGGCAAAACCUUCUCCCAGAAAUCGCCCCUCAUUAUUCAUCAGAGAAUUCAUACAGGGGAGAAACCCUAUGAGUGUAUGGAAUGUGGAAGGGCCUUUUCCCUGAAAUCACACCUCAUUAUACAUCAGAGAGCUCAUGCUGGAGAGAAACCAUAUGAAUGUAGUGAGUGUGGAAAGGUCUUCUGGGAGAAGUCUCCACUAGUUGUACAUCAAAGAGCUCAUACAAGGGAGAAACCCUCUGAAUCUGCUGAAUACGGGAUGGCCUUUUCUCGGAAAUCACAGAUGAUCACAUAUGAGAGAACACACAUGAGGGAGAAACCCUCCAAAUGCAGUGAAUGUGGGAAGGUAUUCUGCCAGCAUAUACACCUCACUAGACAACAGAAUCCACAUAGGAGAGAAACCUCCUCUAUGUACUGAUUGUGAGAAGGGCCUUCCCAAAAGGCAGAUCUCACUGUGCAUGAAAAAUCUCACACUGAACAGAAAUCCUACGGAUAUGUUGGUCAUGAAAAAAAUGCGGCACCUCCUUAACUGUAGAACAGACAGAUCUGUUCCUAAGUGUUUUUUUUUUUUUAGAGAUUUUGUUUAUUUAUUUAUUUGAGCAGGGGUGAGGAGCAGAAGGAGAGGGACAAGCUGUCUCUGUGCUGAGCUUGGAGCCUGAUGAGGAACUAGAUGUCAGGUGUCUGAGAUCAUGACCUGAGCCGAAAUCAAGAGUCGGAUGCUUAACUGACUAUGCCACCCAGGUACCCCAUUCCUGAAUAUUUCUGAUUACCCCUCCACAGAAUGAUCUGAUCUGGCUCUCAGAAUAUUUUAAACACUCUAAAUAUGGAAUGCAUUUGCUCACCCUCAAAGUAUCCCAUCUCCUCUCACAGAAUAAAAUGUAUCUGGAAGAAUUA